GACACCAAACCUCCAGAGCUCCAUCAAUCAAUCAUGUCGUCGGAACCCAAAAUCCGUUUCGGCAUAAUGGGCUGCGCCGACAUAGCCAAGAAGGUCUCCCGCGCAAUCAGUCUGGCACCCAACGCCGAGCUCUCCGCCGUCGCCAGCCGGACUCUGGAAAAGGCCACCGCAUUCGCCGCAGCCAACAACUUCCCUCCCGACGCCAAGGUUUACGGCUCCUACGAGGCCCUCCUCGACGACCCAGAAAUCGACGCCGUCUACAUCCCAUUACCCACAACCCUCCACCUCAAAUGGGCCUCCUUGGCCGCGCAGAAGAAGAAGCACGUCCUCCUCGAGAAGCCCGUCGCCGUCUCCGUCCCCGAAUUGGACCAGAUUCUCGCAGCCUGCGAAGCCAACGGCGUCCAGUUCAUGGACGGAACCAUGUGGCUCCACCAUCCCCGCACCGCCAAGAUGAAGGAAUUCCUCACGUCCGAAGACGGGUUCGGGGAACUCAGAACAGUACACAGCUGCCUUAGUUUUCCCGCCGACGAGUGGUUGCACAAGGACAACAUACGUCUGAAUCCCGAUCUCGAUUCUCUUGGCGCGCUCGGCGAUGUGGGCUGGUACUGCGCAUAUUCCAUACUCUGGGCAGCCGACUACGAGCUGCCAAAGACCGUGAUCGCGACGCCGGGAGCUGUUAUCAGCGAGGCCGGAGUGAUCUUAGCUUGUGGAGCAUCUCUGCGGUGGGAAGAUGGAAAGUCGGCGACUUUCCAUUGCUCUUUUUUGGCCAAGAUGGAGUCGAGCAUAACUGCGGUCGGGACAAAGGGGCCGACGUUGGAGGUCAACGAUUAUGUGAUUCCCAUUGCGGAGAAGGAGGCUUCUUUCGUCGCGUCUUCGAGCCAGCACGUUGUACCGACGGAUAUUCCGCAGGAGGCUUGCUUGAUCCGAGAGCUGUCUCGUUUGGUUGGGGAGAUAAAGGUUAAUGGCGGGAAGCCUGAUCUGACUUGGGCGUCUCGCAGCAGGAAGACGCAGCGGGUUUUGGAUGCGGUGAAGGAGUCGAUUGACAACGGGUUUCAGCCUGUCGAGAUUGGAAACUAAUUUGAAUUUUUCAGGGAGAGAGAUUAUGUGCCCUUGUAUUUGGGAUUAGAUUUGUAAAACCAACUGUCUUUGGAUUCUUUCUUCCAAUCAUUGUAAAACCGUACCGGAAGUUAUACAAGAAAUCUUCCUUUCAAUGAUUGUAAAAUUGUACCUGAAGUUAUAUUGGAAGAGUUAAUGAUAUGGUAUUUUGUAUUUAUACCGAGACUCAAUUACUUUGUACCCACUAAAAUCACUGAAACACAUACCAUUUAGAUUCGAUGUCUGAUAGUUCCGGUACGAUCCAACGGUACGAUUUCUAAAACAUUGCUUCCUCUAUUGUGCAUCCCCCUUGCAAGCAUUAUCAUUGCAGACUGUUUAAAAGCAAGACCGAAUUUGUCAAGGUAUAACUUCCAUAGACUUUCGUCUGCUGCUGAUGAAAUCUAAAGGACAACUCGUAAAGGCCAGAAUAAAAGAAGAAUGUUGCC